UCAUCACAGCAACAGCACCACAUGGAUACAGUACCACUUUUAGAAACACGCUUGCUUGAGAAACAAGCAACGCAUGCUCUUCUUGUAAGCUUUUGCGCACAAAAGCCGCUGACAACUCCUCAACUGUUCAUUUCUUAUCUGCCCAAACCAACAGAAGCAAUCUCUGAGCAAAUAUCAUAUAAAUAAAUCUCCUCACCUUGUGCCAAACCCUCCAAGUGUGAAGUUCCAGAACCAAAAAUGGCGUCCGUUUUCACUUCAAGAACUCUCCUCUUGCCCUUCUUCAUCCUUUUCCCUGCUCUCUUUAGUGCCACUGACGGCGUCUUCUCUGAGCAGUUACCGGUAACCAUAACAAGAAGACAGAUGGAGAAGACGACCCGUCUUCACUUCUACUUCCAUGACAUCGUGGAGGGUAAAUCCCCAACCGCCCUCCAGAUCAUUCGCCCGCAUAAUAAAUCCAUCAACGGGUUUGGACAAACUUUCGUAGCAGAUGAUCCUCUGACAGAAGGACCAGAACUGACUUCCAAGCUUGUGGGAAGAGCUCAGGGUCUAUACUCCAUGGCUUCUCAGCAUGAACCUAGCCUGCUUAUGAUGAUGAACUUCGCCUUUCUAGAGGGAAUUUACAACGGAAGUGUUCUGAGCAUUCUUGCUCGGAACACCAUUUUCAACAUCAGGGAAAUGCCUGUUGUUGGGGGUACAGGGGUGUUUAGGUUUGCUCGUGGGUAUGCCUUGGCUAAGACAGUUAAGAUGGAUCGGUCAGGGAAUGCUGUCGUUGAAUACAAUGUGACUGUUGUACACUUCUAAGCCAAGAUUUGAGUAAUAAGCACAAGUGUUUUUUUCCUUUCU